GGGACUCAGCAGCUCUGAGGGAAGCUGUUUGUCCGAUACCAUAUCACUCAUAUAGGUGCUGUGAAAGUUGCACGUGUUUAUGUUGCCACCACACACCUGCUGUCUCACACCUCUGCUGUCCUUCCUUUACCCACCACCUGGCACUUUGUUGCUUACUGGCUUCUCCUCCUCCUCUACUCUCUGUCUCCAUUCCUCUCCAUUCCUCUCCCUUCCUCUCUCGCUUCAACUCGCCUUUCAAUGACAUUAAGUUCAAACCUGACACUGACACUGACUUACUCUGUCACCUCCAUGUCUCCCCCCUCGCUCGCUCUCUCUCGCUCUCUCUACCUCCCCCCACCUCCCCCUCCCUCUGUGUGUCCAUCGCUGUAAGGAUAACAGCGCCUACAGACGCGUUCUCCUCCUCGCUUGCUCUCUUUCGCCCCGUCUAACUCUCUCCGCCCGCCCUUGCUCGCCCACUCCGUGCCGUGGUGCACAUUGUCCAUUUUCAACAAAGCCAGCAACUAGGACAAGGGACAAGGGACAAGGGUCACUGACGGCGGGGACAACAGAAUACACGCCGUGUGUGAGACGAGGAUCUUCUCUAGCCGCUUCCUCUGUCUCGCUCCAACAUGACUUGGUGGUGAGUUGGCUUUUUUUCUCAAGUUCUUCACCACAGGGAUGGCAGGGAAGGACGAGUUCGGCUGGAAAGGAGCUGGAGUUGGGUUGAAAGAGAGGAGCGAUCGAAGCAGAAGGAGAGCUAAUUUGUUGGCUUGGCUGGGGGUCGGUGCCCAAGGCUCAGGUCAAGGGUCAAUGGUGAAAGGGUCACGGCACAGUGGGCGGGACAUAUAAUGUGCGAGAAGCUAACGAUGCUGAACCUGCCAAAUGGGUUAAGCUGGAAUGACCCAAACAACUGGUAUCAUCAUCCAUCGGAUGUGAUGUCGACUCAGCAUGGCGCAGAGGACUGCAUGAGGCAGCUGAAGGGUGACCUGGGCGGCGGGGCGACAGACGGAGCACCAGGGGAGAGGGACGAGGCCCAGGACGCCCAGCUGCACCUCCAGCUGAAGAGGAAGCUGCAGAGGAACAGGACGAGCUUCACGCAGGAGCAGAUCGAGGCCCUGGAGAAAGAGUUCGAACGGACACAUUAUCCAGAUGUCUUUGCAAGAGAGAGGCUCGCGGCCAGGAUCGACCUCCCCGAAGCACGCAUCCAGGUGUGGUUUUCCAACCGAAGAGCCAAGUGGAGGAGGGAGGAGAAGCUGCGCCACCAGCGGCGGACGGCCGGAGGGCCCUCGUGCUCCCCUGCGCACGCCCCCUUGGCCACGACCUUUGGCUCGACCCUGUACCACCAGCAGAGCGGCGCCGCAGGGCCUCUGCUCAGCCGUAUCGACUCUUCCCUCUCCAGCCGCAACUCGCUCUCCGUCUUCUCUGGAGUCCAGACGUUAGCCUCUCAGUCUACCCCCUCGUACCCGUGCACGCUGGCCCAGUCGCCCUCCGCACCUUCCCCUCAGAGCUUCGACUCACCCCCUUACCCCUCUUCUCCUCUGCUUCCACCUCCCUCAGCAAACUCACACACAGGGCUGGUCUCCCCCAGGGCGUCGCUCUCCGUGCAGGUCCCUGGGAGUGAGCGCAGCUCUGGCCAGAGCCGCGGUCAGUACUGGGUCCGGCUGCAGUAGGAAGAGCAGAAGCGGAACGUGAGGGGGAUGCAGCCCAAGCGGUCGCGAGCGCUUGCUGACAGCGCAUCCUCAUCCUUCGGAGCCCUCCGUGUUGCCACGACGACCCUAACGGAAUGUCUAGUUUUGUGGAGGUAGGACUGGCCGGACGGCAAAACUGCAGGAAACCCCCCGGUUGUGACCCGUUGCACCCUGAUUCCGGAAAGCUCCUCUGAGAUUAGAGUCCAUGUGUUUGCAGAGCGACAUACAAAGAUCCCACCAAUGACAGCCCUAUUUCUGAGACUGGAACCCUGCUGGACAGGGGUCGACUGCGCCGCUGUCCAUUCACAAUAGACACGAUGAGAGAUGGAAAAGCCAAUCGCGGUGAAAUAUGACUGGCCAAUGACAGAUUGGAAAGCCAGGAAAAAUGACCAAUGGUAUUCAAGCAGAUACUGGCGAGCCAGUCAAACACUGACUGAUCAGCCAAUGACAGUCGAACGGUGACUGAAGAACCAAUGACAGUAAAAAAUGACCGACCAAUGACAGUGGAGCUAUAACUGCAAGUAACUAAUGGUGGGAAAGAAUAACUAAAGAGACAAGGAUCUCUUUACAGGUGUAGUUUUUAUGUCAAAAGCUUCUGUAUCUUAUUAUUUUCGCACUUUCUGGCUCUGGCUUGUUUGUCUUCCUUCUCCGCUCACCUCUUUUCGGGUCAGUCACGAGUCCCCGUGUUUGCAUUUCUAGUGCCCUUUUUCACACUUUGAAUCACUAAUAAAACCACUCAGAUGAAACCUACAUGUCCAUUGUGGU